GCCAAUGAGACGACACGGUGACCGCGAAGAUGCUGCUGUCCCGUCAGACAGCAACUGUAAAUCAAAGCUGACCAGGACCCACAUGGGGAAGAAGGCGUUUUCUUGCAGAACUUGCGGGAAAGAGUUCAGUAAAAGUUGUAAUUUAAUGGAUCACAUGAAGAUCCACACUGGCGAAAGGCCGUACCUGUGCAACACCUGCGACAAAACCUUUACUAGAUUACCAGAUCUUAAACGGCACAUAACCAAGCACACGGGCGAGAAGCCCUACAUCUGCAAAACAUGUGGAAAAAGUUACAGGCUACGUUCCAACCUGGUGAUUCACUCAAGGAUCCACACUGGCGAAAGGCCGUACCUGUGCAACACCUGUGGAAAAACCUUUACUAUGUCAUCAUCUCUUAAACGGCACAUAACCAUGCACACGGGCAAGAAGCUGUAUUUGUGCAAGACGUGCAACAAAGGUUUUAGCCGCAGAAUUGAUUUGCUGAGUCACAUGAAAAAUCACCCGGAGGAGAAGUCUGGUGACUCGUGACAAAUGAAGCUCAUGUUGUCGUCCUCCGGGGGCAGCUGUCCACUCCUGUCUGACCCACAGAAGAAGAACCCGCAGAAGUCCAACCACCACCUCCUGUGGCUGAUGAGCCUAAUCCCCUCCCCACAAGGGUUGCAGGUUCAACACGGAUUUAUGCUUCUCCGUCAACUUGAUGCAGAGGGAA